AGAAGUCGAGAUAUUUGCGAUUGAAGGAGGUCAGAGCUGCCUGGUUUUACAAGUAAAGUGGCUGCCAAAUUUGGUAACUUCCAUGGCUUAAGAGUCCUUGGAAACUGACAAUUUACAUUUUGUGUGCCUUCAAUCAACGUUUAUCAAGAUAAUCCACUCAAAAAUGUGAUUUCAAAUUAUGGACGUAAAAGGUGUUGAGCCAAAGAAAGAAAAUUAGAAAACAAAUUGCCAGUCGGCCCAAACGAAAUGCCUGUUUCUUUGAUUUCAUGAUUUUGACGAGUGCCUGAUUUCACCACGAUGCCUCACAAAUGACGUUGGGUUGUUGUUUUACUGACUUCAUAGACACCAGAGACAUCUUGCCAUGAUGGAGAACACAGUACAGCUGAUCCCAUGCUUAGCUCUGCUGGUGGUGAUGGCACACACUGCCAGUCUGGGGGGAUCGGGUUCGAACCCCGAGCACUUCAGCGUGUUCUUAGAUCUGGGAAGCACAGGGACCAAGCUGAAACUUUACAGAUGGAGAGAGCCGGAGCAGAGGGGUGUACUCCCCACCGUCCGCCUGGUACAGAGCACAAAGUUCAAACCCGGGAUCUCCACACUCGGGGGCGGGCGGGACGAGCUGGUGGAGUACCUCAGGCCUAUCCUAGACCUGGCCAAACAGACGGUGCCGGAAGCAGAGAGAGCCAAGACGCCCAUCUUUGCCAUGGCAACCGCAGGAGACACCAAGGAAUACCAACAAGAUGACGACCACACUGUGACUAACCAGGGUACCGGGGACGCCGCAGCUUGCCGGAGACUUCUCUCACAACUGUUGCACCCAGACUCCGGGCUACCCUGCCAGCCCAAGCCCUGUGCCAUAGGCAGCCAGUACCAGCCACGAGUGGACGGCGUGCCCUUCUACGCCACACAGGGCUUUGUCUACACGCCCUCUGACCUCCAGGCCAUUGACCCCGAGGGUGACCUUGACCUUGACUCGCUGGAGCACACGGGGGAACAGUACUGUGCCAAGACGCUGACGGAGGCUGUAGGCGAGGGCAUGAACCCAAAGUUCGCCUCUGCAGGCUGCCUAGAGAGCCAGUACAUCCCCCUGCUCAUCUCCAGCGCCUACAGGUUCCCCGCAGACAGCCACAUCAAAGCCACGUCCAAGAUUGACGGGGAGAGGAUAG